UUCAUUGUUUAGAAUCAGACGCUAUGGGUGUUCGUCUACCGUCCGUGAUUGCCGGAGCCAAGCAAAUUCUGAAGCUGCAGUCUCGUAUCACGAGAGAGAAACCGGAUGUUCUGAAAUGCCACAUUGCGGUAUAUGUGGGCGAGACACAAAGAAAAAGGUUCGUGGUUCCGAUAUCGGUGUUGAACCAUCCUUCCUUCAAAGAUUUGCUUGACCGGGCAGAGGAAGAGUUCGGGUUCGACCAUCCGAUGGGUGGUCUAACAAUUCCGUGCAGAGAAGAUGCCUUCUUAAAUCUCACUUCUCGAUUGCAGGCCUUAUAGCUGGGAGAUU